AUGGACUUGACGCCCAUCAGGGUGAUUGCUCACAUCCUGAGGCACCAUGGUGUCUCAAUGUGUGUCACUGGAGAGCUCGCCUUGAACUAUUACAACGUGCCGCGCGAUCUCGAGAUUUGUGUGCCCAAGUCAAGCUCUCUGGCAGCAGCUGGUCUUCUGUGCUCAACAGGCUUGUUUGAGCCAUGUCAACUAGACCAAGACUUCAACAAUUAUACAGAGUAUAAACGGGGUUUGCCACGCGUGCGGACCACCGGCUGGGCCAACCCUCCCCAAGCUGUCGUCAUUUUUGCAGCCUCGCUCUACGGACUGGACCCUAUUGACAAGGCCAUUAUACAGCCCGUUUCCGGCCGGACCAACCACAUAAGCAAAGAGAUAUCCCAUCUUCAGCGACAAGGCAUUACCGGCCUGCCCCUGCCUCGUCUAGCCGUAUUUCUCAAGGGCCUGGCCCAGAGAUACUUGGACUUAGGGGAUGAUAUGGCCAUGAUUGCCGUUGAGCAGCUUGUUGAUGGAAUGAACCUGGACGACGCUUGGGCACGGAGAAACCUGGCGGGCUUAAGCCCUGCACUAGUCGCCCUGGUCAUGAAGCAAAUCAGCAGCAAAGCCUCGAGAAUAGAUUACGUCUCGGAAAACAAAGUCACCUGCUUCAUCGGGGAUCAGAAGGAAGCGGAUGAUGUACGACUGAUUCCUGGGUUCGAAUGA